UUAAAAACGAUUUGUAUGCGAUCUUUUCUUUCGUAUUGGUUUUGUUGCAAUAAUCAUAAACUCCGUGGUGGAGAGUAAACAUUAAAAAUUACAUCAACAAAAGAAAACACGAAUUUAAGUAUCUAGUGGCAACAGAGAAAAACAUUUUUAUUUAACACAUAUUUUCAAAACAUUAAGAAAAAUAAGAAAGUAAUCACAGCCUGCACGAGACCCUGUCACAACAUGGAGCACAAGUUAUCCGCGUUAGAUUCCAUCCACUUAUCAGUUAUUCUUGAAGACUGUUGUGAUCAAUUGGCUAUACUUGGGCGUAUCAUGCCAACAAGUUCCAACCCAAAACAGCAUGCAAACGAUGAAGUUACUGAGUUGGUCGAGCGACAAAAAUUUUUAGAAGCUAGAUACGAAGAGCUCAUGUUAUUACCCAAAGCACAACAACCAGAUUCAGACAUCACUGAAGUGACGAAAGCAAUUCAUGUGAACACACAAGCUAUCAAUAAAAGUUUUCGACGGAAUAAGUUCGUGCAAGACGCCGGACAGAAAAUUCAAAUGGAUCACAGAUUUUUAAGUGACGUUUUAGAAUCAACUUUACGUGAAAUAAAAGAAACCAGUACGUUUAAUACUCUAGUUGAUGCUGUCAAUCAAGAGAAAACAAAGAAGACAGAAUUACAAGCGAUUGUGGCGAGGGAAGAGGCGAGUAGAAAGCGAGUGAAACAAUUACAAAGGGCGAUUAUUGACAAUCGUAAGGAACAAGAAACUGAGUUGCAAAAUCGGAGCGAAUUGAUAGCUUAUUUGAAAGAUCAACUACAAGAAACAAAAGCCAAGACAAGCAUGGAAGGUAAAUACAUCAAAAAAGAUGCGGAGGUUCGAGUUGCAAUUUCACAAAAGAAAUGCAUGCAAACAGAGAAAGAAUUAAAGGAUGAAAUACAGCAGCUAAAUUUGCAAUUAGAAAAUGAAGCGCGUUGUAAUACCGAAAUUGAAAGCUUUCUGCGUCAACACCACACGUUACUCGAAGAAAAAGUCGAACGCUGGAUGGACAAAUACGACAAUGACGUCGAAGAUAAACAAAACGAGCUGGAUUCAUUGAAAUCAAAUAAAGCAAGUGAUCUCGCUAAACUACAAGAACUUACACAGAAGUACCAUGAAUACAGCAAGGUGGUGGAGGAUGAUAAAUCAGAAAAAGAAAGGCUUCGCAAAGAAGCGGAGCGAGAAUUAGAAGAACAGAAAGCGUGUACUACGAUACAAGCCUGGUGGAAAGGUAUCAUGGUACGCAGACAGUUAGGACCAUACAAAGUAAAGAAGAAGGGGAAGAAAGGAAAAAAGAAGGGGAAAAAGGGCGGGAAGAAGAAAUAAAAAUAUUUUUUUUAGUUUUAAAAUGUUUAAAUUAUCUAUUUGAAAAAGUAUUUUUUGCUAAUUAGAAAUUUUGUUUUUUUGUUUAUUAUUAUUUUUGUCAUUUCGCCGUUAAAGAAUUUACCUUUUUUCGUGAAAAUUAAUACAAAACUA